AUGGUUAACAACCAAAACGAAAACACCAGAUACGAGCUGGCCCAGCGAGCGUUGAGAAUUUCAGCGAUCCUCACGUACUUAAAUCGAUACCAGAUAACAGUCGCAGGCUGUCUGGAAAUGCCCUUGGAGGUAUUAGAAGAACGACUGCUAGAAAUUACAAAUUACCACGAUACCCCGUGGUAUUAUCGGUUUAUUCCAUGCUGCGUCAAUAUUCAGAGACAAAACGUCAUUAAACCAAAGACAAAGAAAAGAAGCAAUGGAGGACUUUUUGGAAGAAUUCGGAAAGUCUUCAGCCGACGCUCUCAGAAAUUUAAUGAAGAUUGA